AUCCCCAUCAACGUUGCGUCGUUCUUCCAACAGACACGGCACGUUAGACCCUCUCAAUAGAACCAGCCUGCAAACGCUAUGACUUUCCAAAAGGAAAUCGUUAUUGACGCCAAGGGUCACCUUCUCGGUCGUCUUGCCUCGAUCGUUGCCAAGCAGCUCCUCAACGGCCAGAAGGUUACCGUUGUUCGCUGCGAGGAGAUCAACAUCUCGGGUACCUUCUUCAGACAGAAGAUCAAGUACUCCAACUACCUCCGCAAGACCUCUCGUAUCAACCCCCAGCGCGGCUCGUUCCACUUCCGUGCUCCCUCGCGCAUGCUCUACCGUGUCAUCCGCGGUAUGACUCCCCACAAGACCGCCCGUGGUGCUGCUGCCCUUGAGCGCCUCAAGGUCUUCGAGGGUGUUCCUCCUCCCUACGACAAGGUCAAGCGCGUCGUCGUUCCCGCCGCUCUCCGUGUCCUCCGCCUCAAGCCCAACCGCAAGUUCUGCGUCAUCAAGCGCCUUGCUCAGGAGAUGGGCUGGAAGUACCAGGGUGUCGUCGAGCGCCUUGAGGAGAAGAGAAAGGCCAAGAACGCUGUCUACUACGACCGCAAGAAGGCUCUCCUGCGCCUCCGUGCCCAGGCUGAGAAGAACACUGCCGCCUCUCUGGCUCCCGUCAACGCCAAGCUGGCUGCUCUCGGCUACUAAGCAGUCGCUUGGUUGUGUUUGAGAUUUGGAGGUUGUCGUCUAGGUGGGGGUGUCUAACUCCAGGGCUGGCAUUCUCGCACUGUUUUUCAAUACAUAAAAAUCAGCCAAAUGCCUAGCGCUCGGUAAAAA